AUGAAUGUACCAUUAAAUGAAAUUCAAUUUAAAAUAAACAGUGAAGAUAAAAUGUUUGAUACUAUUAUCAAGCAUAAUAUUAAGGAUAAUAAAAUUGUCUAUUCAAGUUUUAUCGAUUUACUACCCAAAGAACUUCGAGAAGAUGAUCCAUAUUUAAAAAAACCAUCUGAAGAAGAAUUAAGAAAGAAAAAAAUACGUCAAGCUCUCGAAGUUCUUGUAUCAUCUAAAGUAUCAAUUGCUAUACCUAUUCAACAUGCAAAAAAACAAACACCUGUUCAAUACAUUCAUUAUACACCAUCACAACAAGGACCUACUUUUAAUUCUGGUGCUAAACAACGUAUUAUUCAAAUGGUUGAAGUUCAAAAAGAUCCUAUGGAACCAUCUCGAUUUAAAAUUAAUAAGAAAAUUCCUCGUGGAUCUCCAAGUCCUUUAGUUCCAAUUCUUCAUUCACCAAAACGAAAAAUUACUGUAGAAGACCAAGAAAAUUGGAAGAUUCCACCAUGUAUUUCCAAUUGGAAAAAUGCUAAAGGUUAUACAAUUCCACUUGAUAAACGUUUAGCAACCGAUGGUCGUGCUCUUCAAAAUACACAUAUCAAUGAAAAUUUCGCUAAACUUGCUGAAGCUAUAAACAUAGCUGAAUUCAAGGCUCAUGAAGCAAUUAAUAUGCGUGCUAAAGUGGAAAAACAAAUAGCUAAGAAUCAAAAAGAAGAAAAAGAAGAACAAUUACGUGAAUUAGCUCGUCGUGCUCGAACAGAACAAGCAGGCCAGCGUUCUAUUAAUAAGUAUGAUGAUCAAAGUGCUGAACGUGAUCAAAUUCGACAAGAAAGACAAAAAGAUCGACAACAUGAUGCUGCUCUUCAACGAGCUGGAGGCGAUAAACAAAAUCGUCCAAAAGAACGUGAUAUCAGUGAAAAAAUUGCAUUAAGCACACAAACUACAAGCAAUACAGAUGUUCAAUAUGAUCAACGUCUAUUUAAUAUGUCAUUCAAACAAGAACAUAGUUUCAAAGGAGCUGAUCGAGCAACACCACGCCAGGAUUCUAUGGAAUUUCAACGUGACGAAAAUCCAUUUGGUUUAAGUGAUUUCUUCCAAGAGAUACGACGUAGUACUGGUAUUUCAGCUGUACCAUUUAAUCAAUAUUCUAAUUUAUCAUAUAAACAUGGCCAUGCAGAUGAUCGAGAUGAGCGAACUCAUUCGAAUGCUAAUAGUGGUUGUAAACAAACUUCUACAUUACCAAAAGUAACUGUUAAUGCAGAUACUUCAUCAUUAUUAUCAAACAAACGAGUUAAAAUCACUGAUCAACCAACCGAUGGAACUACUCUACCUGGGUCUAUGACAGUAUGCGAAUAUCAAAAUCCUCAAUUAGAUCAAUGUAAAAUGACAGAGUCUGGUUUAUCGCCUUGUUUCAAAGCACCCAUCGAACAAAACUGUACUACAUUUAAAGAAUCAAUUGAUGAAAAUAUUUUAACAAAACAAUCUGAUGGUGGUACAUUGACUGAAAUAAAUAAAAAUGAUACUAAUAUUGCAUGUAUUGAUAUGGGAAUUAAAAAUAACUGUAUUAUUAGUACUGAACAAAAAGAAAAAACUUCAGUGAUAUUACCAUCAAAUGACACUGCAAUCGAAAUUUUAUCAAACGUCACCGAAAAAUCAUAUUUAACUGUUAAACAUAUACCUUCAAAUCGUGAAAUACAAAUUGAAUUUGCUGAGAAUGAUACAAUAUUUACGUUAAAAGAAAAAAUUUUUACUCGAUUUCAAUUUGGUAAUAGUAUUGAAGAUUUACAAUUAAAAAUCGACUCGAAAUCGAUUGAUACAACCUAUUACGAAUGUUCAUUAGCAUCUUGGAAUGUAUCACCAACGUCAUCAAUUACAGUUAAUAAAAAAGAAAAAACUAAACCACUUAUCAAGAAAAAUGGUCUUUGUGGUCUACGUAAUUUAGGUAAUACAUGUUUUAUGAAUAGUGCUCUUCAAUGUCUUAGUAAUGUUGAAUUAUUGACCGAUUAUUUGCUUAAUCUUGAAAAUGUUCAAGGUGAUGUUGCUACAGCUUAUUAUGAAUUUAUUCAGAAUGUUUGGAGUGAUAAAACAUUGUUUGUUCCUAAAAAACUCAAAAAUGUUAUCGCUCAUUAUGCACCACAAUUUGCUGAUUAUGAUCAACAAGAUGCACAUGAAUUUAUGAUAUUUCUACUUAAUCAACUUCAUAAAGAUCUUAAACAAGAACAACAAACAACAACUAUUAUAUCAAAAUUAUUUCAUGGUUAUGCAGAUGGAAUAACAACUUGUUUGACAUGUAAAGGUGUUCGGCGUACAUCAAAUAUGAUUAGUUUUAUUCCUUUAUCUUUAGAUAGUGAUAAAAAAAGACGUCACUUUAAAGUCACUUUUGAUUCUAUUCAUCCGAUUAGUUUAUCUGUAGAAACGAAUGCCAAUGGUUUUAUUGAAGAUGUUGUUGAAACAUUUAUUAAUGAACUUCAACUGCAAGAGAAAUGUUUAACAGAAGAUCUUUUUGAACGUUUAAAAGUGAUAUCGACAAGUAGCAAUAAAGAAUUAUCAUUUGAUACAUCACUUAAUAAUAUUCUUGAUACUGAAUUAAAAUUUAUUGAACAAGAUCAAGUUUUAAGAAAAUCCAAAAUAAAAACGAAUUCUGAAAAGAAUUCUCUAGAACUAAUCGAUUGUUUACGUGAAUUUAUUGCACUUGAAACACCAAAUAACCUUUGGUUUUGUAAAAAUGAAUGUAAUCAACCUGUGCAUGCAGCCAAACAAAUGUUAUUAUCAAUUUUGCCACCUGUACUAAUAAUACAACUUAAACGAUUUACUGAAAAUAAUGGACAUAUGCGAAAAUUGGAUACUUUUGUCAAUUUUCCUAUCACUGGACUCGAUCUUAAUGAAUUUAUGAUUGAUCGACAAGAAAAAUGCUUAUACGAUCUUAUUGCUGUUGCAAACCAUAUGGGCACAGUCAGUCGAGGUCAUUACCAUGCUUAUGCUCGACAAACAACAACUAAACCGAUUCAAUGGUUUUGUUUCGAUGAUGAACAUAUUUCACCUAUUGAUGAAAGUGAUAUACUCUCUAACAGUGCCUAUAUACUUAUCUAUGUUAGACGUGAACAUGAGGAAAUAUCUAAUUAA